AUGGAAGAAACUAAGAAGGAGGAGUUCACUGUUGGAGUAAGAAAAGAAACUCCAGAGGGUAUUAAUCUUCAAGAAAAGCACGUGCAACCUACUCUCCAGCAACAUAUUCAACCCACAGAAGCCACACCAAAAGAUAGAAUUCUAGUGCAUGAGUACAAGCCAAGAAUUCCAUAUCCUCAAAGGCUCCAAAGAGAAAACAAGGAGAAGCAAUAUUCUAAAUUCUUGGAGAUAUUCAAGACUUUGUACAUCAACAUUUCAUUCAUAAAAGCUCUUGAACAAAUGUCUUUAUAUGCAAAAUUUAUGAAGGAUUUGUUGUCCAAGAAGAAAUCAUUGAAGGAAGGUCAAACCGUUGUAAUGACUAAGGAGUGUAGUGCAAUUAUUCAACGAAACUUUCCAACAAAGAAGAAAGAUCCAGGAAGUUUUCAAAUUCCUUGCAUUAUUGGCAAUACUACCUUUGAUAGAGCUUUAUAUGAAUUAGGAGCAAGUAUUAAUCUAAUGCCUUUAUCUGUGAUGAAGAGAUUGCAAAUUCAAGAGCUGAAGCCCACACACAUAGCUCUAUAA